CGUGAGGGUGUUUUGGGGCAUCGCAUAUCGGUCUAAACAUGGAAAUACAAUCACGUCCCAGCUCUCUUCCCUUAAUACUCUGUUUCCAUAUUUGCGAUCAACACCACGUUCCUGCUCGACUCAGACCUGCGCUUCACUGCUGCUUCCAUUCUUGUGUCGUUGAAAGGUGUGAAAUGUAAUUUAGAAAUCUCUCCCGGUUGUACAAAGUAUUGGACUCCUGACUGUCAACCAGAUAAGAAACCCUUUGUUGGCAUGCUCUUUCCUGAUCUACAAGCCGACAUUGAUUUUUACAAAGCGUAUGCAGCUGAAGUGGGUUUCACGGUUCGUUCGCAUACAUUAUCGAAGGCCAAGGAUGGUCAUCCUAUGUUGAAGUAUUUGAUAUGUAGUAGAGCGGGGUAUAAGAAUAAUGGUCGUAGUACUGUUGUCCCCACUGUUCCCGUUGUCCCCGUUGUCCCCGAUGUCCCCGUUGUCCCCGAUGUCCCCGCUGUCCCCACUGUCCCCGCUGUCGUCAAUAAUGGUGCUUCUACAUCCAAAGGUAGUAAGCAGAAUAGAAAACGUGUGUCAAAUAGAGUUGGAUGCAAAGCACUUUUAACUCUAAAAUUUGCUGGUAAUGAUGGUUUCUCUGUAUUUGCGUUUGAGGAGCGUCACAAUCAUUCCAUGUGUUCUGAACAGUCAAAACAAUUCCUAAGAGUUAAUAGGAAUUUAGAUCUCGGUCAUCAAAAGUUUGUUCUCAAUUGUUUCAGAGCAAAUAUUGGUACAAAGAAAUCAUAUAGAUUGUAUAAAAAGACUGUAGGGGGUUAUUCUAGCAUUGGCG